CACGAAUUGUGGAGCUAUAUCAAGCAAUUUUUGGUAAUCGGACACUAAGUUCCUUCACACACUGGCGUACAAUGUUGACAACAUCGGAAUAUGACAUCUUUACAAGCAAUUGAGAAUCGCCGCCCCAAAACAACUGGAAGUCUUCAAACACUACCAUUUGAGAAAAAUCGUUUGCAACACUCCUUGUCGGACCCUCCACAGAAACACUAUUCGCAAGAGUUCAGAGGUGAAGAAAUGAAGAGCGUAAUCAGUCGGUUGGAAGAUGACAAGAAGAGACUUUCUCAGAGAAUCGAGAAACUAACCGCAAAUGAAAAAGCCCUCGUAUCGGAGCUGGAGCGACUGAAGCGGCACGGUUGUUUGACCAAAAGCCAGAGUGCGAAUCACGUGGGUGAGUACGUAAACGAACUUGAAGCUGAUCGCGACUACUGGCGCAGUCAAGUGGAAGUUUUACAGAGAAUGAUCCAAAACGCAUCCCAGACUACUCCCACACGCGGGAAAGUCAAAUCCAAACCUCCUCCCGGCAAAACACUCGGCAAAGUCAGAGAAACAUCAAUCAAUAAGCUGGAAACAAAAAUACAGGAACUCCAAGCUGACCGUGACAGACUACAAAAGGAAUUGGAAAACAGUCGGCGUUCACUGAGGGAAACUUCCUCUCCGUUGACACGAUCACGAUCUCUAACCAGAACACAGAACCGAACCGACAUUCAAGAACUCACCAGGCUUCGACACGAACGAGACGAAAUGCAAAGUCUUCUGAGCACAUUGGAGAAACGUGUACAGGAGGUGAGUACGGAUGAAUAA